GGAGGCCCAAGGGAAAGCGUUCGUGUGGGUUCUAGUCCUGGACUCCAGUCCCAGAGGACAGCGGGGGAAACCGAGGCCCGAGCGGGGGUAAUGAAGGUGUUGCUCUUCACGGGGCUGGGGGCCCUGCUCUUCGCUUACUACUGGGAUGACAACUUCGACCCCACCAGCCUUCGGGGAGCCCGCGUGCUGCUGACGGGGGCCAGUGCCGGCGUGGGCGAGGAGCUGGCCUAUCACUACGCCCGGCUGGGCUCACACCUGGUGCUCACUGCCCCCACCGAGGCCCUCCUGCAGAAGGUGGUAGGGAACUGUCGGAAGCUGGGUGCACCCAAGGUCUUCUACAUUGCGGCGGACAUGGCCUCCUCUGAGGCUCCCGAGCACGUGGUGCAGUUUGCCCUGGACAAGCUGGGCGGGCUGGACUACCUUGUGCUGAAUCACAUGGGCAGCACCCCGGCCGGCAUGCGGGUCCGCAGCGCCCAGACCACACGCUGGCUCAUGCAGGUGAACUUCCUGAGUUACGUGCAGCUGACUUCGCUGGCGCUGCCCAGCCUGACGGACAGCAAGGGCUCUCUGGUGGUGGUGUCCUCGUUGCUCGGCCGCGUGCCCGCGUCCUUCUCCAUCCCGUACUCCGCGGCCAAGUUCGCGCUCGACGGCUUCUUCGGCUCCCUGCGGCGGGAGCUGGACGUGCAGGACGUGAACGUGGCGGUCACCUUGUGCGUCCUGGGCCUCCGCGAUCGCGCCUCCGCCGCCGAGGGGGUCAGGGGCGUCUCGAGGGCCAGGACGGCUCCCGGGCCCAAGGCGGCCCUGGCUGUGAUCCGUGGCGGGGCCACACGGGCCUCGGGCGUCUUCUACCCGUGGCGACUGCACCUGCUGUGCCUGCUGCGGGGCUGGCUCCCGCGCCCGCCCGCCUGGUUCGUGCGCCAGGACCUCAACGUGUCCGCGGCCGCCGCGGCCUGAGCCCCGGGGCCGGGGCCGCCCUCCGCCGGCCCUCACGGUCCAUCCCGCCG